AUGCAGUUUACCACUACCAUCAUCUCUGCCAUCUUGGCCUUUACCUCUUUCACAGAGGCUGCUCCUCGCAACCCUCGAUCUUACGCUGAGGCCCCCAGUCUGACUGCCCAGCUUCGACUUGCUGAUACCGCUGCUGAUUUCUUUACCCUUCUUCCCGACGACAAGGACUUCGUCUUUGACUUCAACAAGAAGCAAGAAAGCCCUGGAAAGGGCGGCGAGCUCAUCGCUGCCAACCGCAAGACCUUUCCCGCUCUCGUCGGCACUGGUUCUGGCAUGGCCUUUGGCAGAAUUGAUGCCUGUGGCAUGAACACUCUCCACGUCCACCCUCGCUCCGCCGAACUCCAAAUCGUCACCUCAGGCCGUCUCAUGACCGAGAUGGUCCCCGAGAACGGCGUCAUGGACAAGGAUGGCAAGCGCCGAGUUAUCCGCACCGAGCUCAAGGCCAACAUGAUGACUCCCUUCUACCAGGGCUCUGUCCACACUCAGUACAACCCCGACUGCGAGCCUGCCACUUUCGUCGCCUCCUUCGCUGCUGAGGACUUUGGUACUGGCCAGAUUGCUGAUGAGGUUGUUGCUCUGAGCGACGAUGUCAUCGCUGCUACUUUUGGUCAGAGCAUUGCUGGCGAGGACAUCGACAAGGUCCGCGCUGCUAUCCCUAAGAGCAUUGCUCUGGGUGUCGAUGAGUGCCUUAAGAAGUGCAACAUCCAAAAGCGAUCUGCCUAA